AUGGUUUUACCACAGGCUGUAUCAAUGAAGAUCCCCACCAAGCGAGCUUUGAAUCGCAUGAUCCAUUGCGAGGAUAGUUCGCACCAUCACACCGAUGCUCAAACCGACGACACCAGCGAGGAGGAGAAACCUCAGACCCCAGUCCCUGCAGGAACCGUCCUGCCCAAGAUCUACGGCGUAGCUCUCCUCUCCCGGGACACCCUCGAAGGGGAAGUCAUCGACCAUUAUGGUAAACUUGCCAGGCGUCACUUGCGCUGGUUCAAGCAAAUCGCCGACGGGCAUGGCGGUGCCGAAGAUAGCGUACUGGAGUGCUUUGCCGCAUGGAAGAAAGAUCCUUCCAGAUCCAAAGAACCUGUAGUGAUCGAAAUCGACGUGACCAAGGGUGAAGGCGAGGAAGGCAAACUUACCAGGAAUGCCAGAGACGAGACUUGGUUGAAUGUACCGCUUACGAGCACCGAACACCCGGAUUGGAAGGUUGGUCAGGAGCUUCCGUUGAAGUUGGUGGAGAAGAAGACUCGGACGGAGGAGGAUGGAAGGGUGAAGCGGUGGUGGGAGUUGCAUUAUACGCUGACGUUGGGCAUGUCGGAGGAAAUGAUGCAUCUGAGCGUGUCGAUUGGGAAGCAGGUGUAUGCUUCCAAGUAUUGGUCCAAGAAUUGGGAGGCUGAUGGGGAGUUCGAGGAGGAGGAGGAGGAGGAAUAUGUUAUUGCUUGA